CCGUCUCCGUCUGGUGUACACGACAGUCGGGCCUGACACUUCUGCUGCUCAGCUGACGCUUUUUAUUCCCUGCAUCCGCUCAGUCGUCAAUCGACUGCGGUUGAAAUAUUUUUAGUUGUGUGUUUCGUCCGUCGUUGUUUAUUAGAUCGGACACCGACAGACCCCAUCCAACUGCACAACAUAUCCACAGUGUCUCUAAACGAGAAUUUAAAAACCCACCAACACCGAAAAGUCAAUCAAAAGUCGCAAAUGGAUAAUCUCGGACUGAGCCGUGAUGUGGCCGACAUCGAGAAUAUUUUGGCGCUAAAUCCAAAAAUCAAACCGUUCGCCAGUUUGGUUCCGUCGGCCGAAACCAAGAAGAUCAAGAAGCACUGGAAACGUAACGGCGAUAAAAACUGCCAGUCUUGCGGACCGCCGGAUUUAUUCCAAAACUUUGACGACAUCAAACACACGACGCUGAGCGAGCGUGCCGCCGUCCGUGAAGCUGCACGCUGCCUGAAAUGUGCCGACGCCCCGUGUCAAAAGUCUUGUCCGACUCAGCUGGACGUCAAGAGCUUCAUCGGCAGUAUCUCGACCAAGAACUAUUACGGAGCAGCUAAAGCAAUUUUCUCGGAUAAUCCUCUGGGCCUCACGUGCGGAAUGGUGUGCCCAACUAGCGACCUCUGCGUGGGUGGGUGCAAUUUGUACGCGUCGGAAGAAGGGCCCAUCAACAUCGGAGGGCUACAGCAAUUCGCCACGGAGAUGUUUAAGUUGAUGAAAAUUCCGCAAAUCCUACCGCCCGAUGUGAUCGUGGAUGAAUUGGGGCCUGGAUAUCGGUCGAAAAUCGCUCUGCUCGGCUGUGGUCCGGCUUCGAUUUCUUGCGCCACUUUUCUAGCCCGAUUGGGUUAUUCCGAUUUAACUAUCUUCGAGAAGAAUGAAACGAUUGGUGGCCUCAGUUCGUCCGAAAUCCCGCAAUAUCGUCUCCCUUACGAAGUUGUCGAUUUCGAAAUCGAGUUGAUGAAAGACUUGGGAGUCAAAAUCGAACGAGGAAGAUCGCUCAGCCUGGAUGACAUAACGCUGCAGGGCUUGAAAGACCAAGGCUACCAAGGAGUUUUCAUCGGCAUUGGUUUGCCGCAAGCCAAAAGGAUUCCCAUCUUUCAAAACCUGAGCGAACAAAUGGGAUUUUAUACUUCAAAGGAUUUCCUGCCCAAAGUUUCCGUCGCUAGUAAACCCGGAAUGUGCAAGUGCAAAUCGUCUCUGCCGUCGCUGCACGGGAACGUGAUCGUCCUGGGAGCGGGAGACACGGCCUUCGAUUGCGCCACGUCGGCUUUGCGCUGCGGCGCCAAACGCGUUUUCGUCGUCUUCCGCAAAGGAUUCAACAACGUCCGUGCCGUCCCCGAAGAGAUGGGUUUGGCUAUUGAAGAGAAAUGCGAAUUCAUGCCGUUCUUGGCACCAAAGGAAGUGAUUGUCAAAGGCGACCGCGUGGCUGGACUCAAGUUCUUGCGCACCGAACAGCUGGACGACGGGACGUGGAUCGAAGAUGAAGAGCAGGAAGUUCGCUUGAAAGCUGAUUGGAUCAUUUCCGCUUUUGGCUCCGGACUGGAAAAUGCCGAUGUGAAAGCGGCUAUGGCGCCGAUCAAGUUUAAUCGUUGGGGACUGCCGGAAGUGGAUACCCGCACGAUGCAAUCCAGCCUGGACUGGGUCUUUUGCGGUGGAGACAUUGCCGGUGUUGCCGAGACGACGGUCGAGUCUGUUAACGAUGGCAAAACGGCCGCCUGGUACAUGCACCAAUACAUUCAGAGCUCGCACGGCUCGCUCCUCAUUUCAUCCGAGCCGAAAUUGCCCAAGUUUUACACGCCGAUUGACCUGGUCGAUAUCGGCGUGGAAAUGUGUGGACUCAAGUUCCCCAAUCCGUUCGGACUGGCUUCGGCACCGCCCACCACCACUUCCGCCAUGAUCCGCCGAGGCUUCGAGGCCGGAUGGGGCUUUGCCCUCACCAAGACCUUCUCCCUGGAUAAGGACAUUGUCACGAACGUGUCGCCUCGCAUUGUGCGAGGAACCACUUCGGGACACAUUUACGGGCCGGGCCAAGGAUCUUUCCUCAAUAUUGAGUUGAUUUCGGAGAAAACGGCCGCCUACUGGUGCCAGAGUGUCACGGAACUCAAAGCCGAUUUCCCUAAUCACAUUUUGAUCGCCAGCAUCAUGUGCAGCUACAACGAGGCGGAUUGGACGGAGCUGGCUCGCAUGGCUGCCGCAGCUGGAGCGGAUGCUCUCGAGUUGAACUUGUCGUGCCCCCAUGGAAUGGGCGAACGCGGAAUGGGUCUAGCGUGCGGACAGGAUCCUGAACUUGUGCGCAACAUCUGCCGCUGGGUGCGGGCAGCUGUCACGAUCCCGUUUUUCGCCAAAUUGACACCCAACGUCACGUCGAUUGUGGCGAUCGCCCGGGCCGCCUACGAAGGGCAGGCCGACGGCGUGACGGCGACCAAUACCGUCUCAGGAUUGAUGGGAGUGCGCAGCGACGGAUCGGCUUGGCCAUCGAUCGGCAAGGAGCAGAAGACGACCUACGGAGGCAUGUCAGGCAACGCUAUCCGGCCCAUCGCUUUGAAAGCCGUGUCAGCCAUUGCCAGGGCUCUACCAGGAUUUCCCAUCCUAGCGACGGGCGGGAUCGACUCGGCCGACGCAGCUCUCCAGUUCCUCCAGUGCGGUGCCAGCGUUCUCCAGAUUUGCAGCUCCGUCCAGAAUCAGGAUUUCACCGUCGUCGACGAUUACAUCACCGGACUCAAGACUCUGAUGUAUCUGAAAUCCAUUGACGGACUCAAAGGAUGGGACGGCCAGAGCCCGCCCACCAUCCGUCAUCAAGUCGGCAAACCCGUCACCCAGUUGGACACGAUUGUCGAUCAGCAUUUGCCAAACUUUGGACCGUUCAUGAAAGAGCGCGAGAAGAGAGUGGCUGAAUUCAAGAAAGCGGAGGAUCUUCUCGCCGAGGAAUAUCAGCCGAAGCCUAUGCGACCGGCCAACGAACCUGCUAGGCCUGUGCCUCCCAUCCGGGCCAUUAUCGCUGCCGCAAUUGACCGCAUAGGCACCUACGCCGACCUUGAUAACAAGCAACAAGUCGUCGCCAUGAUUGAUGAGGAAAUGUGCAUCAAUUGUGGUAAGUGUUACAUGACAUGCAAUGAUUCCGGCUAUCAGGCAAUCGUUUUCGAUCCAGUUACCCAUCUACCAAAGGUUAACCAGGACUGCACUGGAUGCACUCUGUGUCUCUCCGUGUGUCCUAUUAUCGAUUGCAUCACAAUGGUGCCGCGUAAAAUCCCGUACAUUCCCAAACGAGGAGUUGCGCUGGGUGCCGAUGUCAACCGACGUCUAGCAGUCGCCCCGUCGCAGGAUUUUUAAAUCGCUUCAGAAAUAAAAACACUUUCGAGUUGCUGUGUCGUUUACACGUUUUUGAGAUUUCGCCCGGAAUCUCAAUAGCUCCUAGCCGCACCACCGAUAGUUCAAAUAUUCGAAUCUGGGUGAUGGGAAAUAAUUCAGUUUUUCAAUAGAUUUCAAUAUACUCAUUUAAUUGAUAACAGUGUGUGUGUCUAUGUUGCAUUUUGUGCGGUAGACCAAGUGGACCAAUAUAAUCUGUGCAUGGACUUUUGCAGCUUUGGAAUAAUAAACACUAUCAAUUAAUGCAAAAAAAAAAAA